GAGAAAAAGCGUGGCAAAGUAUUGCAGACCGCCUGAAUGCAUUAAACAUGAACGGGCCAAAACGGACAUGGCAGCAGGUCAAAAUCAAAUACAAGAACAUUCUGCAGAAUGCAGUGAAAAAGAAUACCCACAGACAAGGCACGGGUGGUGGGUCACCAAAGGCUGACCUUACCCCAGCAGAGGACAUGGCCUUGGAGCUAAAUAAAGGCAGGCCCGUCUUAGAGGGGAUCCCUGGGGGGAAAGAGACGAGCAUAGGUUCCUCCCAAGAUGCCACCCGCUUCAUUCAAGUGUCUGGCAGCACUGUGUUCCUGUUAGAGCCACCAGCACAAGCACCAGACGAUGCUGAUCCAGGUGAAGGCCCCAGUGCAGCAGCAACAGCACAUGAUGGAGACGAUGAUGAUGAGGAGGAGACCAUCUCUCUGGAUUCCAGAAGGCAUGAGGACCCAGAUGCUAUACAGUGGGAAAACCAGCCUGGCAACAUAAGCUCACAAGCUAUCAGAAAGUUGUAUGGCAACCACCUCCGGCGCCAAAUAGAACUGGCAGACAUAGACAUUCAGUACAAGAAGAAAAAGAUGGAAAAUCUUGCACUGGAGUCCGAAAUAAAAAAGAGGACAAUUAGGAAACUGGACCUUGAAAUAAAAAAACUUGAGAGGGAGCACCAGGUGUGGCCACUAGCCUAUAUGAAGGCCCAAAAUUGUGUGUUCCUUUCUGCUCUGACAAUGGCAUGCCCAUUCGUGCGAGAUGUGGUGGAUGAAGAAGCACUUGUGCUGAGGAGAGCCUUCAGGCGAGAAAGGGUCUUCAGGGACCGGUUGGACCCACUGGCCUUCCCUGAUGACCAUCUAUAUGAAAGAUACAGGUUUUCUGCAGAUGGCAUCAGGUAUCUAUGCAGACUACUGGGUCCCAGGAUUAAGCACCGCACUGCACGGAGCCAUGCACUGAGUGUGGAGCAAAUGGUUUGUGUGGCCUUGCGCUUUUUUGCUAGUGGAGCCUUCCUGUACUCAGUGGGGGAUGCAGAACAGCUGAACAAGGCCACAAUUUGCCGCACAAUAAGGAGUGUGUGUCUGGCUAUCAAAGCAUUAGCAGAUGUCUUCAUCUCCUUCCCUGGCCACAGAAGACUCUGUGACAUCAAAGAGGAGUUCUAUAGGAUUGCAGGUUUCCCCAAUGUCAUUGGUGCAGUGGACUGCACACACAUAAGGAUAAAAGCCCCUCAGGUGCCCAUGAGGCCGAUUUUGUGAAUAGGAAAUCCUUUCACAGCAUUAAUGUUCAGAUGGUCUGCAAUGCUGACUGUGUGAUCAGCAAUGUUGUGGCAAAAUGGCCUGGCUCAGUCCAUGACUCCAGAAUCUUUCGGGCCUCUGAAAUCUAUCAGUGCCUAUCACAAGGUGAAUUCUCUGGUGUGUUGCUGGGAGACAGGGGGUAUGGCUGCCAGCCUUUUCUCCUGACACCUUUCACAGACCCCCAGGAAGCACAGCAGGCCUACAACCAUGCCCAUGCCAGGACCAGGGCCAGAGUUGAAAUGACCUUUGGCCUCCUGAAGGCAC